GCCACCCAUCAAUCUGCCACAUACCUCUCUUCCCCAAACCAAGAUAUAUAUAUAUAUACAAGCGAAAAAUGCAGCCAGAGCAGAGUAAUCAAACCAUGUACAAAUAUUCAAGUCCUUGUUGCCACGCUCCCAAAACUCCACUUAUGCGUUGCUGUUAUGCAUUCAGAACCAAACACUCAACUCGUGACACCCCUCAGCACCCCUCACCAACAGCUACAGCAGCCGCCGGCCCUGACGUACCCGACUGCUCCCUCCUCCCGCCUCUCCCCCUUCCCCUCCCUCUAUUCUCCCUCGACGGGCCAGCACCACCACCCCCUUUCUCCCCCUUUCCACCUUCACCCCCACCACCACCACCACCUCUCUUCCCUCUCCCUCCUCCUCCCCCCCUAGCAUUCCCCUCACCAACCCCCCUAGCUUUUUCCCCCCUCUCACCCUCACCACCACCACCCCCACCUCUCCUCCCCCCCCGUCCCCUCUUGUUACCACCCUCCUUUUUACUCCCCCCCGCCCCAACACCACCCAACCUCCUCCCCUCCUCCUCCCUCAUCCUCUUCUCCUCCGCAUCCCACCACUCCUGAAACGCCUGCUCCUGCUGAAUCUCCUCCAAGCUCCUCUUCGCCGCCGCCUCCUUCACGCUCUCUUUGACUCUAAUCUCUUGCUGCAUGAUAUCCUCCAUCGUGAAGCCCGCCAUCAAGUCCCUCUCCAGCUUGUGCGCAGGUACAAUGUAAUUUUUCGAGUGCGGCACCAGGGGCUCUUCCUUCUUUGCAGGAACAGCAGGAGGUUUGGGAGCGCUGGAUGAAGGAGUAGAACGCUGACCCGCAAACCUCGUGUCGGGGGAGGCGUUCCUUAUUGUCUGUACCGGUUUGACGGCGGGAGGGAGGAGUUGUGGUGAUGGCUGAGCAGGAGGUUUAGGUCCACCCCGGCCUUUGAUAGUAGCCAGCUUCCACGGUGCCGCGGACGCGGACUCAUCUUUGGCUCGUUCCCACGCAUUCUUCGACUGCUGCUCCGCCUUCGAUGCCGCCAUCGCCAACUGAGCGUCCUUCUCCGCCUGCUGCUGCCUCUUCUUCUCCUUCUGGCUCAUCUUUCCUUGAGCAGGCCGUGGGGCACCCCCCUCCUUCACCUUCUGCGCCGCCAACCCCGCCGACAGCGCCGACUUGGGGCUCUCCGACUGGAUGAUGCCCCUAAGGUCAAGCUUCUCCGUCAACACAGCAGCCGCACCACCCCAUGGAGUCCCCGUCUUGACUGGAGUAGUACCACCUACAUCCACGGGACGGGUAGCAGCAAGUGUAGGUUUUGCAGGACUAGGCGCGGAAUACGGGUUGACCGGAGGCGAUGACUGCUCAAGGCUCAUCCAGACUUUCUUCCCCUUCCCCUUCACCGAGCUCCCCAGCGGUGCGAUCUUGUCCUCCGCGGGUACUUCACCAGUCUUUCGGGAUCGCAGGGAGGGACUGUUGAUAGGCGAGGAAUCAUCCUCCUCCUCCCCCUCCAUGUCAAACAUCAUAUCCCCCUGCUCCCCCUUCGCCUUCAAAUCGGGACUAAAAGGCUCAUUCCUCCCCUUCCUGACCCUAUCAGGCGUAGGCGUGAACAAACCCCCCUCCUCCAGACUCCCAAACUUGGUCCUCCCACUCACAACACCCAUCUUCCUCUCCUCCUCCUUCUGCACCUUGAACCCCAUCUCCCUAACCCUAACCUGCCUCUCCUCAAGUACAUCCUCCGCCAACCCCGCAUCAUCCAACUGACUGCUCAGCUGCGCCCGAUAACUCGCCAGAUAAGGAUAAUGCGCCAGCUGGUUAUCCCUCACCACAGCAUCUAGCUCCAGCAACAAGUCCUCAUCCAGCUCGUCAAGCAAGUGAUUCUCCAGCAUCGUCUCCAGCUGAAGACAAAUAUACUCCAACCCCGCGUCCUUGAACUCGGUAACUGAACACGGCCCAAUCGCAUUGAGAAAAUGCGCAAUAUUCCGAAUAUUCGCAAACCGUCCCAUGACUUUCUGACAUAUCUGCGCCAGUCGGUCCAGCAUCAAAUAGUUCGCAGUCGACAUGACCUCCAUGACCAGAUCCAAAAAGUCAUCAAGCGUGUCGCAAACCGCCGAGUCAAACAGCUCACUCCCCGCAUCUGCGUAAAGAUAUUGCAACACAUACCCAAACGCCGUAGAGUCGAUGUGCUUCAUAUCAAGCCUGAUGAUCCUCUCCUCCUGCUGCCUACGACCAGCAAGCCACGCCCCCCCGGACCGCCCAAAGAACAAGCCCUCAAACCACGGACACCGCCUGCACAAAAACCUGCUGUGAACAGCCACCUCCGUCCCAUCAAGCUCGAGCAGCGCAUCCCCAUCCUCAAAAAACCGCCUCCUGUCCCCCUUGAGCGCAGCCCGGAAGUCCUCAUCCAUGCACCUCUCCGGUUCCACCUGCAGCCUCGCCGCAGCCUCAAGGUUGUGCAUUUCGAGUCGCACGGCCAGUCUCAUGACCUCCAACCGCACCUGGCGGUACCGGUACGCCAGCGCAGGAGCAUGCCGCGUAUAGUUCCACACCGGAACCACCCGGUCCCGGUAGGCAAAAAGCACCAGGUUCAACAGCGUGAGCAGGUCCAAGCCCUGGAGGCAAACGACCGUUUUGCUGCCGUCGUCGUCGUCCUUGUGAACGGUGAACAACUCAUGUGCAUAGCUGCCCGUCCCCCGAAACUCUGACAACGCUCGUCGGAGUACCGAGCUGCGCGCAGAGAGCAACCAGCUGUGCACAGGAAUCUUGAGCUCAGGGGCGGACGACACGCAAACGACCGUGUCCAAUGGUUCGUUUCGGCAUCCCCACGUGGCCAGGUGCUGAGCCAAGUCUCUCUCCAGAUCCGGGGACCUCAAGAUUUCAUAAGCGAUAUCCCCAAGUCGUGCCUCAAGAUCAGGGUUCUCCCAAAACUUCCGGCUUUCUUGCGUGGAUUCCCCAUCCUCAGAAGCUUCAAACCCUUCCAGACAGUUCAACGGCGCCACAUCAUCCCACAGAGCCUGCUCAUCCACCGCCAGCUGCUGCUUCAUCACCUCCGAGUCCUCCCGGAUAGCAGCAAAAGCCCCAUACGCAGAGGCCCGAACAGUAGCAACCUUGGUGAUAUAAGGGACGCGCUGGAACUUGAAAUUCCUCUUCGAUUCCGAAAUGUUGUUGGCGGAAGAAGCGCCCUUGCCUUUUACACGCUUGAUCCUUCGCCACACAGCUCCAGACUUGGUGCUGAGAAUCACCGAACCAUUUUCCCCGACACCAACCGAACAGACCCCGUCCUUACUGGCAUUCCAGAUCCGUUGAGGUGCCGUCACGGCGCCCUUGAGCUUGGACGGGUUCGUCGUCGAUGUGGCCGGUGGGUUCGUUUCCAUCUUGUGAUCCAGAUUCAUGGUGAACAAAUCACCCCGUUUCGUCAACGCCGCAAUGGUUUCUCCGCCCGAGGUGAUGUAGCUGACCUGAUUCCAACCUACUUCAUGCCGAUUUGACAAUCUGAGAUUGCCGAUGUAGUCAAAGCUCGCGAAUGGGAAUUUGACAAUAUGAUAACCAUAGCCCGUGAAGAUGCAUACUGUAUGGUUCUGCAGCAGGAUGGUUGUCGCCUUGUCAAUGGCGCUGACCAUGACAAUCGGCGACGAGAAAAGGGAAGCGGCCACCUUUCUAGGGGUUUGCUGGUGUUCAAGCGAUCUCGAGUCAGCAUCCAUCAAGGCCAGCUGGCCAAGAUUCUUGCCCCAGCAGUAAAGCGAUGCACCGGUGUGAGCAACCGAGUGUACCGAUGAGGCAGCGACGCCAAGAACAACCUCCUUUUUCAAGGCACCAAAAACUUGACGAGGUAUGGUGCUGAUGGGCUCCUCGUCCUUCCUGGCCGGAGCAGGAAGCGCAUACCCUAGCUGUGACUGGGCAUUGCUGCCCCAGGUCCACAAAGCACCCGUGUCAUCAACAGCCAUGGUGUGAUUUUGUCCUAGAGCCACCUGGCCAACCCUGCGAUCGACAAAGGGGCCCUGCACAGGAACGUAGGUGAAGCGCGUGUUCUCAUCACCGAGACCCAGCCGGCCACCACGUCCAACACCGCAGAUGUAAAGGUUAGAAACCGGAUCUGUUGUUAGAACUGCACUGUGGAGCUUGGAGAGCACGACAUCCUGAAUCACCAAUGGCCGGUUCAGGACCAAAGCAGGAAUCUUGGACAGAUCCUGUGACGCCGGUCGUUGGGCGCCGAUUUCUUCGAGAUACUCAUUGUAAAAUCGUUGCAGAAGGUGGUCUGGGCGGUUCAGAAACACUCGCUCGGGAAACUGACGAUCGUCCUCGUCCCCAAAGCCCAAGGAUAGGUUUCUGUUGCUUCCAAAGGCAUACAGGUCUUCUCCGAUGCCGUUCCGGUGACUCGCGGCUGUGAUGCUCUCAACAGUUUCCUCCGGGUCAUCACUAUCCGACCCAUCGUCAGCCACUUGGGCACUAUCCCAAUCCUUCAAAUUACGUUCUCCAAUCGUCGAGUUGUACAAGUCAAACGGACUGUUGCCUUCGUGGUCCUUCGUCUUGAUAAGCUGUCCCACUCGGUUCACCGAAACCAUGUGCCCUGUCAAGUCGGCGCGUUCCUUUUCAAGAAGCAUCCUCGCAAUGGAAAUGUUGCCCGCAUACAGAGCCCUGUGGAGCGCAUUCCAGCCACUCUCCGGGUCCUGGGCGUAGAUGUCAAUGGCGGGGUGCCCGAGCAGAGCUUCGACAAAAGAAACGGCGUUUUCGGCGGUCGAGGAGGCUGCGCGCAGCAAUAUCGUCAGACCGGCAUGGUCACGGCUGUUGACUUCGUUCCGACCAAGCGAUCCAUUCCCAUGCCCCUGAGUCUUGCGCGACUUUGGAGUCGGUCUCGGUGGCGUGCCAUGGCCAUGGCCAGGACUCCCCGCAGCCCCUAUGUUCGAACUCCGCGCGGUAUUCUGAGCGCUCUGGCCGGCGGGCGAGAGGAGGCGUCGAAACUUGUCGACAUCGUCUUCCCAGUAGGAUUUCCACAAGAGAUGAGUCAUUAGCAGUCGAUGAUGGCUGAGGCCGGCCGCGAGAGUCCUCCAGGCGCUUCGAUGUUUGCGCACCUCGCUGUGGUCUCUGUGGAUCACGGCUUUUUUAAAGGUGCUGUGUAGAAGCGCAAGAAAGACGUCCCCCGGAAACGUGCGUUGAUGUCUCGGUCAAUGGCCCUCGUCAGAAACACAAUGCUGAGUGAGAAUUUCGCUGCAAGUGGCAACUUCGGCGCAAUGACGCGGAUACUUUGGGAGCUCGGUCAGAUAUGGGACGCGCGGGUGCGGUAAGGGUCGAGUAUGUCGAUGUUUGUUGCAGUGUCUCUCGAAUUUGGUGAGUGUCUGGUCGAAAAUAGGAGUCGGCGACGCGGUGGCUACGAGGUGUCUAGGAAAAGGAGAUGACAAAUGGCAAAUUGCUGGGGAAUAAUGCCUCCGUGAAUCGUGUGCGCAACCAUCAUCUUGAUAACCCCGCGCCAGUGCCGGGCAGCCCCCUGGUCGGGAAUGUGCCACUAUCCAGCCAAUCGGGUGCCAUGCUUCAGGGUCAUGUUCCAAGCUCUCGCCAUCAAGAGCCUGCAACCGCUACAAUAGGUAAUCACUGCUGGUACUAACCUAUGCCUGUCGGUCUGUAGCAUUGGAAACGUGCGGCUGGUCCACACAACUUGUCGGUUCUUGUCCAUGCAUGUCAAGAUCUAGUCUGGCGGGGCAUUCUUGAUGGCGCUUGUGGGAGCUGGGGGAGCUUUGGGUGAUGAGGUCUGUGCUGAUGACUGAUCCAAUCCAAUGGCUGAUGGAUGUCCCAGCUCUGCGGUGUCACUGGAUGCAGCAGAGAAAUGCAGACGAUCCGAUGCAUUCAGCCUCUUCCCUUGACGAUAGCUUAGAGAUAUAUGACAUUAUUCUAUGCCGGUAGUCAAAACAUAGAUGAGGUUAUAUAGGUCACUCGAAAACAGUUCAACAUUAGGUAAUCCCACCAAACAUCCAAACCCCCCUGUCGCGAUGUGAGGCUGGGAUGAGCCUCCGAUGUCGUUCCCCCCGCGUGGGUUUGGCUGUGAAAAUGUGGGGUGGCAGCCCGCCGCAUCCAGAACCACACUUCGGCGUUGCGUGUAGCGCUCUCCGGUCGGUUACUGAGUUCGGGUUGUAGUAGCAGUCAACGACACCUUUUUUUUUCGCUUCACAUUUUCUUCGUGAUACCCUUUUUUUAAUUUUUUCCAUUUCACUCGUAGCCAGCCUGCAGCCGUUCCCGCACCACCGUCCACCCCCAACACAUCUCCACAAUGGCGUCCGAAAAGGCCCCCCUCCCGUUUGUCUACACCUUCAUGGCUGGCGCCAUCGCCGGCGUGUCGGAGAUUUUGGUCAUGUACCCCCUUGACGUUGUCAAGACCAGAGUACAACUCCAAACCGGCAAGGCCGCCGCCGGCGCCGACACCUACAAUGGCAUGUUCGACUGCUUCUCCAAGAUCAUCCGCAACGAGGGCUUUUCCCGCCUCUACCGCGGCAUCACCGCCCCCAUCCUCAUGGAGGCCCCCAAGCGCGCCACCAAGUUCGCCGCCAACGACAAGUGGGGCAAGUUCUACCGUGAGCUCUUCGGCCAAACCCAAAUGACCCAAUCCCUCUCCGUCCUCACCGGCGCCUCCGCCGGCGCCACCGAGUCCUUCGUCGUCGUCCCCUUCGAGCUCGUCAAGAUCCGCCUCCAAGACAAGGCCUCGGCCGGCCGGUACAACGGCAUGAUCGACGUCGUCAUGAAGACGGUCCGCAACGAGGGCAUCCUCGCCAUGUACAACGGCCUCGAGUCCACCCUCUGGCGCCACAUCCUCUGGAACGCCGGCUACUUUGGCUGCAUCUUCCAGGUCCGCCAGCUCAUCCCAAAGGCCGAGACGAAGCAGGGCCAGAUGACAAACGACAUCAUCGCCGGCUCCGUCGGCGGCACCGUCGGCACCAUCCUCAACACCCCCAUGGACGUCGUCAAGUCCAGGAUCCAAAACACCGUCAAGGUCGCCGGCCAGACGCCAAAGUACAACUGGGCCUGGCCUGGCGUCGCCACCAUCGCCAAGGAGGAAGGGUUCGGCGCUCUGUACAAGGGCUUUGUUCCCAAGGUUCUCCGUCUCGGCCCUGGCGGCGGCAUCCUCCUGGUCGUGUACACUGGGGUGAUGGACUUUUUCCGCAACAUGAGGGAGGCCAAGGGUCUUUAAAUUGGUCUUUUUGUGAAGCACGCACGCAGCGCUAUGAGUUCAAAAAACGGAGAAUGAAAAAGGGAUGAUAGAUACCCCCAGGGUGGCAAGCGGCAAACGGUGGUGGCGGGCGCAAUAGUUUUUACCAACUGCCCAUAUUUUCCAUACAAUUUUCCUGUACAUACACAAUACAUCUAGAGAUAAAGAUUCGCACAAAGAGGCUAGAAAGCACACCCAAAAAGGGGGUUUGAAUUUGGAUAUUUUGCGUAGACAAAAUCGUAUGUUUUGGAAUG